AUCGCCAGGUGUCGCUAUUGAACUGGUGUUGGACUCGAGGACGCCUUUUUUAUUUUCUCAAAUCUACCGAUUCGUAACAUCUGUUUACAACCAAACCAUUGCAGAUUCUCCACUGACUAUGAGGUGACCAAAUUACGACAUGAAAAAAUAAAGUUGGAAAGACGGCGCGGUGACGCACACAAGAGCACGUGCGCAGUGUAAACGGAUCCGGCGUAAAGACGCGACUGCGGUCGGUGGGAGUCUAAGUGGGAUCCGAGCAGCAGUGGGGACCAUGUGUUCACCAGGCCGGGAGCAAAGCAGAGAGGCGAGCGGACAGACGGAGCUGCGGUGAUCGCGCAGUCGUGGAGGGGGAAGAACAUGCUCAACAGCUCCAAGAUGAACUGCGUCAACUGCGAGGGCUUGAUCAACCGCAGCGUAGCGGACUCGACGCAAGUGUCAGUGCCGCUGUCGUUUCCCGGGAAGCGGAUGGCUCAGAUGGAAGGAGAGGGCUUGUACAGACUGAGAGACAGGAAGCUUUUACUGGAGGACAAGAAGCGUCUGUGCGCGCUGGCGAUGGGCGCUGCGCUGCUGGGAAUCCUGCUCAUGAUCAUCCACGCGGAGAUAUGCCCUUUUCUUAACACCCCGGGCUCAAACGUCGGCCUCAUCCUCAACUGCUGCAUCAGCCUGUCCACUGGGUGUCUGCUCUUGCUCAUCAUUGCCUUCCAUUACAAAGACAUCAGGUUGUUCAUCAUGGAUCACAACCAGCUGGACUGGCGUAUUGCGAUGACCAGCCAGAGGAUUUUCGUCAUCUCCCUGGAGCUGAUGGUGUGUUCCAUCCACCCCGUCGGCACGUAUUGGCAGUGGGGACUCCACACCAACUCCUCCUCCUCCUCGGCGCCGCUGUGCGAUCACCUGUCUCACAGAGGGACCCUGACUGACGUGGAGCUGCUCCUCUCAGUGCUGAUGUUCCUGCGCCUGUACCUGGUGCACCGCGCCGUCCUGCUGCACAGCAAAGUGCUCCUCAGCGCCUCCUACAGGAGCAUCGGAUCGCUCAACAACAUCAACUUCACUUCCCGCUUCGUUCUCAAGGUGUUGAUGAACAAAUACCCGACCCGCACGCUGCUGGGCUUCAUCCUGCUCUUCUGGCUGACGGCGUCCUGGAUGCUCACACUGUGCGAGAGGCAGACAACGCAGCCGACCGGCAGGAUUGAAACCGCACUGUGGCUCAUCGCCAUCACUUUCCUGACGGUGGGCUAUGGGGACGUGUCACCUCAUACCAGUUGUGGCAAGACGGUGUGUCUCUUCACUGGAGUCAUGGGUGUAGCGUGCACCGCCAUGCUAGUCGCCGUCGUCACCAAGAAACUGGCGUUGAACAAAGGAGAGAAGCAUGUGCACUUCUUCAUGCUGGACAUCCAAGUCUCAAAAGGGAUCCGCCACGCUGCUGCUAACGUGCUGAGGGAGUGCUGGCUGCUACACCGAUCUAAUCUGGUGAAAGGUAACGGCGGCGAGCACCGGCGACACCAGCGCUGCCUUCUGGAAGCCAUCAGAGUGUUUCGACAUUUACGCCUCAAACAGAGAAAAUUGAGAGAUUACGUCAGUGAAAUGGUGGACCUGCCGAAGAUGCAGAUGAUCAUGUGCGACCUGAGCGCUAACUGGAACAACUCUUAUCGGGAGCUGGAGCAGCGAAUCAUCUCCAUGGAGCAGAAGCUUGAAGAGUUGAGUCACUGCUUCCAGCGAACGUCAGAACUGCUGUCUCACGUCCUGCAUCCCCAGAACCCUGAGAUCAGGUGACAAGGAUAAAAAAAAAGCUUCAGUGAAGUCAUCAGGACAAUGAGAAAGAGACUUUGUCUGCUGAGUGGAACCACGGGGGCAGAAGAUCUGUCCAACAUUAGGGGUGUUUAUAUGCAAUAUCCUGAAAGAAAUGUGCCUUUGUUUGCUGUAUAUAGUAAAACUGCCUUAUUCCUGUGGAAUAAGAAACACAGAUGAUCUAACUGGAAAACAAAUAAACCAGAGGAAGCACACUACAGUGCAAAAGUCUUUAUUUUCAAAUACAUUGGGUGCUAACAAAGAUACAAGUCAGAAUUUGAAGCAGGAAUUGUUACUGAUGGGCUGAUGAGGCUUCAUGAAGCAGCGUCCUCAAUUUCAGUCUUCAGUAGGUGGCGCUCUCGGUUUGAAAACAGAUACGAUUUUAUUGAAAUGAGCAAAUAGCAAAUCCAAAAAUGUAUGAUCA